GAGCGUCAAGCGAGACUGUGGGCGAGAAAAAAAGGGGGUUAGACUGAUUACAGUUCGAGGAGAGCAGACUGCAGCAGACGGAGCGCACACGAGUUGUAUAACAGGGAUUAUUUCCUGACAGCGGGGGAGACAUUAAAAUGAUGCAUGGACUGCGCGUAAAAAUCCACAAGAUUCCUUUGAGGGGUUGACCGACGGAUGAAGGACUGGGCCAAACUCCAGGAGAAGCUUUUUCAUGCAAAUUCGUGAAAUAAUAGGCGUGCCUUUGGGCGAUGGAGUCACAGCCAGAAAGGAAAAGCCCCUCAGUUGGAUCAUCCGCGACAUUCAAAGACGGUGAAGCGCGUUUCACGGACGCACUGAGGGCUACGCAGGGGCGAAUGGUUUAAAGCGACUUUCUGCAGACAUUCCUGCUAAAACUCUGCUUCACUUCAGUUGGAUCACUACUAAAAACUUAAACACUUUCAUUUAUCAACAUUUUUAUUAUUAUUUUUUUUAGAUGUUUAAACCAACUCUGGAUCAUUUCUAGUAGCCCUGAUGCAGUUUAUACUACCGAUGCCUUUAUUUACAAGUUUUUCCGCCUAAAGAUUAUUAUUAUUAUUUUUUUCUUGGGAAAACUUAAAUUUUUUUCUAAAACCCGUUAAGGAUUUUUUUUUUUUAGUUUAAAUUUUUCUUUUCAGCACCAUGUCCGAGGACGACAGCCGCUCCAGCCGCGGCUGCGCGCGCGUCACGGAGGACAGCAGCGUCAGCGUCCUCAGCUGGGAGCAAGUGCAGCGGCUGGACGCCAUCCUCACGGAGACCAUCCCCAUCCACGGCCGUGGGAACUUCCCCACGCUGGAGAUGCAGCCGCAGCAGAUCGUUAAGGUGGUGCGCAGCCGGAUGGAGGAGAAGCAGAUCCACGUCCGGGACGUCCGGUUAAACGGAUCCGCUGCCAGCCAUGUCUUACAUGAGGACAGCGGGUUGGGCUACAAGGACCUGGACCUGAUAUUCUGCGCUGAAAUGAAAGGCGAGAGCGAAUUUCAGACAGUUAAAGACAUAGUGUUGGACUGCCUCUUGGAUUUUUUACCCGACUGUGUCAACAAAGAGAAAAUAACCCCUCUGACUUUGAAGGAAGCCUACGUGCAAAAGAUGGUGAAGGUGAAUAAUGACUCGGACCGCUGGAGCCUUAUCUCGCUCUCCAACAACCGAGGAAAGAAUGUGGAGCUGAAGUUCGUGGACUCCCUCCGGCGGCAGUUUGAGUUCAGCGUGGACUCCUUCCAGAUCAAACUGGACUCCUUGCUGCUGUUCUACGAAUGUUCCGAGAACCCCAUGUCUGAGACCUUCCACCCCACCAUCGUGGGCGAGAGCGUCUACGGCGACUUCAGCGAGGCCUUGGACCACCUACGUCACAAGAUCAUCUGCACCAGGAACCCUGAGGAGAUCCGAGGCGGGGGCCUCCUGAAGUACUGUCACCUGCUGGUGAGGGGUUUCCGACCAGCCUCGGAGUCUGAGAUGAAGUCCCUGCAGCGCUACAUGUGCUCCCGCUUCUUCAUUGACUUUUCGGAUAUUGGAGAACAGCAGCGGAAGCUGGAGUCCUACCUGCAGAACCACUUUGUAGGCCUGGAGGACCGCAAGUAUGACUACCUAACGACCCUCCAUGGAGUGGUCAAUGAAAGCACCGUGUGCCUGAUGGGACAUGAGAGGCGACAGACCCUCGGGCUCAUAGGCAUGCUGGCAGUGCGAGUCCUGGCAGAGCAGAACGUCAUCCCAAAUGUGGCUAACGUGACAUGUUACUACCAGCCUGCUCCUUAUGUAGCAGACGGUAACUUCAGUAACUAUUACAUAGCGCAGGUGCAGCCGGUGUUUACCUGCCAGCAGCCUGCCUACUCCACAUGGCUGCCCUGUAACUGAGUUCCUGAAAGGGAAGGAGGAGGGCAAGAGUCUGAUUUCUUUAAACAGGAGCGAGCGCAACUGUUACGGCCUCAGAUCUGUCCACGGCAUUUUACAGCUGACAGAAUCAGGUUCUCUGUUUAAUGUUUUGCAUCAAAGCUUCUGUUUUAGUUCAUACAUAAUGUAUGAAUGAUACAUCCAAAAACAGCUGCCGUGUUUCAAAGUGAAUCUCACAUUACUUUCAAUCCCCAACCUCGCCUCAUCCUACCGAGGCCAGACUUUGGGGGGGUGGGGGGUUGUAAGUGGUUAAUUUUGGGUGCAUUGGAAGCGACGGCUGAAUGGAAAUUAGUGCCUGCCUUGAAGUGUGUAGCAGAACUGUCACAGAGACUGAUUGAAUCUGUCACAAACUAAUUAGGCUGCAGAUCGAGCGGCUGCAUCAGAGUCCCGAAGCUGACAGCUACUCCAGCAAAAGCUUUUAUGGGUGGUCUUUCUCAGUGCAAAUUAACACACUCACACACAAUUUCAGGAUGAAAACCGUCCUGUUUUACAUCAUCUGAACCGCAGCCGGUUGCCUUUUGACUGGUUAACUAUGUCCGCCUUGCACCUUUCUAACCAAAGAAUCUUUAUGGACCGCUUCUAAACGUUACAACCCCGAUUGUGACCUGGGAAAACUGAAAACAACUAUAGACAUAUUGGUUUGUUUAUGUGAACACAUUAGUUUCUAAGUGCCUCUAGCCUCUGAGCGGACAAGGAAAGCAGUAAGCAAGCCAUGUGACCCCAAUCUUGUAACACCCCCAUAUGCUUCUGAAUGUAUAUGUGAUAUCACACAGUCAGUGUUGAGAUAAAAAAAAAAAAGAGCCCAGUGCUUUGGUGUGGUUGUUUUCAUUAAAGUGGUUGCCAAGCAUCUGAUUGAGAGGUAUUUUGUAAUGUUUACAUUCUUCAGAUUGAAAUGUUAUCCUCCAACCAGCGAUAUCCUAUCUGAGUACUGUUGCAGCAGUUGGGAGAAAGGUCAGAUCAUCAGCAACAACUAAACAACUCCCAACUAGUAUCUUAUCUUCUGUGAACUCGUACAGUGGUGCUUCUCUUUACCCUACUCUAAGAAAUAAAAGCAGAUCAGAAGGGUUUGACAGAUGCCCUGCUGUGUGUGGUCCCCAGGCUUCAUCCUAUAAUAGUAGGACGUUUCCAGAGGCACCUUGGAUCUAGAAAUUCAGUUUGCUGUAACAACCUCCAAGGGAAUUCCUCAGCUGCUGCUGGAGGGCUGGAAAAAACUCAGCCAGGGUCGGGGCCCACAGGUUCAGGAAACUACGUGCCAAACAUUUCAUUUAUACCCCUAAAGUUUGAUAAACCGCCGAUGGGAGUGCCGACCCGAUUGAAGGAGUGGAAACCCCCGGGGUUGGGGUGGGGUGGGGGGAAGGAGUGAUCAUUCUGGAGAUAUGGGUGCAGCUGGUGAUGGGGUUUAUCUCUUUAGGGCUACCGCGCUUUGCUUUAGAACCUGUUACAUUGCACGCUCACAUUAGCUUCUAGCAGCUUGCAAACUUCAUGGCAAAACUCAAAUGGUCUAUUUACAUUAUUUUAUCUGCUAUAAUGAAUGUUAAAAAACAAAACAAAACAAAAAAACAAUGGUGGAGGCUGAAGAACACCCCAGCCACAGGAGAUCUCAAGUUUCAACAUAA